CCAUAGGCAAUUGUUUUCUAAAAACUUUUUUAUUUUCACUUUAUGUUUCGAUUGCAAAAACGGUUUUCUACUUAGAAGAUUGGUGUUUUCUGAAUGGGCAGCUGAGGAACAAAUUGGAUAAACUUUGAGACACUGCAAACGAUGUUUUGCAGCGUGUAUUUUAGCAAAAAUUUCGUUUGUGUUAUCGGGCUGUGGUUUGGGUUCUUUCUGCCCCCGUGCAAAACUCGGAUAUACACAAAUCAGUGGGCGGUGAGAAUAUCCGGCGGGUCCGAACUGGCGCACAAGAUAGCGGCCAAAUAUGGAUAUACUAACCUGGGACAGGUCGGAGGCCUGAAAGACCACUACCUUUUCUCCCACCGGGGGACGCAGAGAAGAGCACUCUUCCCAAGUCGAGGCAGGCACAGCCUCAUGGCCGCAGAGAGAGAGGUGGAGUGGGCCCAACAACAGGUGGAGAAGCGGAGGGUUAAAAGGGAGCACGGAGCCACCGCUGCCCCUAGCCCCGCCCCCAACCCCGCCCACUCAAUCAACUUUGACGAUCCGGAAUGGAGCGACAUGUGGUACAUGCUCUGCAGGGAUGAAGCUCCCUCCUGCCGCUCAGACAUGAACAUCGCAGGGGCCUGGGGGCGGGGCUACACCGGGAAGGGUGUCGUGGUUACCAUUUUGGACGACGGCAUUGAGAGAAACCACGCCGAUCUCCUGCAGAAUUAUGAUGCUAAGGCUAGCUAUGAUGUCAUCGGGCAUGACCAUGACCCAAUGCCUCCAUACAAUUCCAGCGAAGAGAACAACCACGGAACGCGAUGCGCCGGGGUAGUGGCAGCGUCCGCCAACAACUCCGUGUGCGGAGUCGGAGUCGCUUUCAACGCCAAAAUCGGGGGGGUGCGCAUGUUAGACGGAGGGGCGACGGACGCGGCGGAGGCGUGGUCCCUGAGCCUGCAGCCCCAGCACGUCGACGUGUACAGCGCCGGCUGGGGGCCGGACGACGACGGGCAGAUGGUGGACGGCCCCGCCCCCCUCGCCCGAUUGGCCCUCGAAACCGGCAUUCGAUUGGGAAGGAAGGGGCGGGGCUCCAUAUUCGUGUGGGCGUCGGGUAACGGAGGGCGGAGCCUGGAUCACUGCUCGUGCGACGGCUACGCCAGCAGCGUCUACACCGUCUCCAUCAGCAGCGCCACCCGGAGCGGCAGCCGGCCCCGGGACCUGGAGGAGUGCGCCUCCACCCUCUGCUCCGCCUACGGCGGCGCCGCGGGCCAUGGCGGCAGGAUCGUGACCACUGACCUGCGGCAGGGCUGCACGGACGGCCACGCCGGGACGUCCGUUUCCGCCUCCAUCGCCGCGGGGAUCAUCUCCCUCACCUUAGAAGCCAAUUCGCGGCUGAGCUGGAGGGAUGUUCAGCACAUCAUAGUGAGGACGUCCCGCCCAGCUCACCUGAGAGCCCCCGACUGGCACAGCAAUGGAGCCGGAUACCGCGUCAGUCACCUGUAUGGGUUUGGGUUGAUGGAUGCGGAGGCGAUGGUGAGAGAGGCAGAGAGAUGGACACAGGUUCCCUCCCAGCACACCUGUGUGGAGAUCACAGACCGGCUUGUUAGGCCCAUCCCACCGCACGGCGUGCUGAGGGUGGCGCACGAGGCCACGGGCUGCGGCCGCCGGCCCCGCCGCCGCGUCCGCUUCCUGGAGCACGUGGCGGUGAGGGCGACCGUCGCCCACCCGCGCCGCGGACGCCUGUCAAUCAACCUCGUCUCACCCUCGGGAACCAAGUCCCGCCUCCUCGACAGCAGGCCGUUCGACCACUCUGCGGAUGGCUUCCAGAACUGGGAGUUCAUGACAACUCACUGCUGGGGGGAGCAGGCAGCCGGGAACUGGACUCUGGAGAUCUACGACUCUCCAUCCCAACCGAGCAGCCAGGAAGCAGCAGGGAAAUUGAAAGAAUGGUCUCUAGUUUUUUAUGGCACAUCUGGGUUUCCAUACACCUCUGUGCGCCACCAACAACCACGCUCUGCUGAGCUACCAGCUGAAGAUGACCAGGAGUACAGUGGACCAUGUGACCCAGAGUGUGAUGAGUUUGGCUGCGAGGGACCGGGAGCCCAUCAGUGUAUUGGCUGUUUACAUCACUUCCUGAAGAACAGGAACAACACUAGGACCUGUGUGUCGGCGUGUCCAUCUGGAUUCUACGCGGAUAACAGAGGGCGCUGUAAGAAGUGCUACUUCCUGUGCGAGACGUGUGUGGGCAGCCGCAGAGACCAGUGCACUUCCUGUAAGCCCGGGUAUCACGCGCAGGAAGGAAGCGGCAGCUGCGUGUCCGGCUGCGGCGAUGGAUAUUACCUAGAUGGCAGCGUGUGCAGGAAAUGCAGUGAGAACUGUGUGAAAUGUACAUCAUCAGAUGUCUGCACGGAGUGUGCACCUGGCACAAGUCUGCACGGGAGUUUGUGUCACAGGAGCUGUGAGCCAGGUAGCUUCUACAGCCGAGAGCGCAAGGAGUGCGAGGCCUGUGACGGAGCGUGUGCCUCCUGCACAGGUUCAGGCAAGGGGGAGUGUACCACGUGUGCAGAGGGCUUCCUGUUGGAGGACCGGAUGUGUGUGCCCUCCUGCAGCAACGGAUUCUACCCUGUAAUGCAUCUGGGCACCUGCAACAGGUGUGACCCCAGCUGCCUGACCUGUGUGGACCCCAGGGGAACCUGCAGCAGCUGUGUGAGUGGACUGACGCUGCAGUCGGGGACCUGUGUCCAUAUCAGUGACUGUAGAGAUGGAGAAUAUCAGGACGAGUCCGGAGGGUGUCGCCUGUGUGACCUCACCUGUCGCCAGUGCAAAGGCCCCGAAAGCUGGGACUGUAUCAGCUGCACACCUGGCAGAACGGAACAGAACUACAGCCUCUUAAGUGUGGCCCUGGAGGAGGGUCGCUGUGACACCGGCUGCUCUCCGGGGAAAUACGCAUCGGAGGGGCAGUGCCAGCUCUGUGACCUCACUUGUGGGGAGUGCUCAGGCGGGGGCCCAGAAAACUGCACCUCCUGUGAAAAAGAUAAGUCUGGGGCGGAGCGGUUCCUUUUCCGCGGUCGGUGCGUGGACGUCUGCCCGGAGCGCCACUUCCGGUCCGAGGGGCGGACCUGUGACCCCUGUCCCGAGAACUGCGGGGCGUGCAGCGGCCCCAACUGGUGCCUCAGCUGUAACUCCUCCUCCUACCGUCUCAGUGAUGGAGUGUGUACGCGUCUGGAGUGCGGAGAAGGGGAGGUGGAGGACCCGGAGUAUGGGGAGUGUAUGGUGUGUGAAGAGGGGUGUAGGAAGUGUGUUCUAUAUAACCCUCGCCACUGCCUGUCCUGCACAGAGGGCUUUUAUCAGUUCCAGGACAGCUGCUAUAAGACCUGUCCUGCUAAGACGUACAGCGUAGAGGACGAGAUGACAUGCGUGAGAUGCCCUGAGACCUGCGUCAGCUGUGACGUGGAGGAGUGCUUCUGGUGCGAGGCCGACCUCUUCCUGUCAGAUGGCCAGUGCGUAGAGCAGUGUGAGGAAGGUUACUAUGGCGAUGAGGAAAGCCAGGAGUGUGAGCGUUGUCAUGACGACUGCAAGACAUGCAGCGGCCCUGAUGAAGAUGACUGUGACUCUUGUGAGGAGGAGGAGCAGCUUGCUGGUGGGGAAUGUGUGAGAGAGCAGGACCCCUGUCCCAGGAACAGCUUCCUCAAUGAUGAAGGUGAGUGUGAGUCAUGUCACUCCUCAUGUGAGUCCUGUUGGGGGAAUGAGAGGAACCAGUGCAGCACAUGUGGAAGAGGCAGGUUCCUAACUGCGCAGCAGACCUGCAUGGGCAAGUGCCCGGCGGGCAGUUUUGGGGGUGGAGCCAGCAGACGCUGUGAGCCGUGCCCUCCUGGAUGCGCCCUGUGUGCGGAGACGGGCGCGUGCCUCAGGUGCCACUCCGGGCACAGGGAUCCCCUGUACCUGCAGGAGGGGCAUUGCGUCCGCCAGUGUCAAAGGGGGUACCCCGCGGGGCAGGUGUGUCUGAGCUGUGCGUCGGCCUGCUCGUCCUGCGAGGGCAACGCCACGCGCUGCCUCAGCUGCGCAGAGCCCUUCGUCCUCCACCGACACCGCUGCGCAGAGGACUGCCCCCCCGGGCACCUCCCCAGGGAGGGGCGCUGCCACCCCUGCCCCCCUGCCUGCCGCCGCUGCGCCGCCGACGACCUGUGUGAGGAGUGUGAGGAGUCUCAUGUCCUCUAUGAGGGAGACUGUGUGGAGGACUGCCCCGCUGGAUUUUACCGGAAUGUGGAAGAGAAGGCUUGCGUGCGAUGUGCCGAGUCAGAGCAGAGUCAGUGCCGGUCGUGUGCCGAACCAGGAAGUGUGUGGUACGAUGGAGAAUGCCUGAGCGACUGUCCUAGCAACACUUACAACGAUGUGCACACCGGGGAGUGCAAGGAUUGUGAGGACUCCUGCCUGACCUGUGUGGGCCCGGGUGCGAGCCAGUGCAGCAGCUGCAGGGAGGGGCUGACGUUGGACGGUGAGGGCCGCUGCGUGCCCGUGCCAGCCUGCCCCCCUCCAUCCUACAGGGACCCGCAGGGGCGCUGCCAGCCCUGCCAUAGCCACUGUGCCCACUGCUCCGGGCCCGGCAAGCUCAGCUGCCUGAGCUGCAACCGCAACCACUUCCUCCUGAACGGGAGCUGUUUGGAUGACUGUCCCGUGGGAUUCUUCAGAGACGCGCAGCUCUGGCGCUGUGAACCGUGUCACCCCUCCUGCCGCUCCUGCAUGGGGAGGCUCAGCCAGCACUGCCUCACCUGCACACCCCACCUGUUCAGACAGGACAAGCAGUGCGUGGACACCUGCCGGCCCAGUUUCUAUGGCAACGCGUCGACGGGGGCCUGCGAGCCCUGCGACCCCAGCUGCGGGGAGUGCUCGGGGGGCGGGGACGCCCGGUGCCUGAGCUGCCCGGACGGACGCCUGUACCUGAGGACGCACGGACGCUGCCGCCCGUCCUGCCCGUCCGGGCACUACCCGGACACCCGCGAGAGAACCUGCGAGAGCUGCCACCCCUCCUGCAGAACCUGCACAGAUAAAGGACUCAUGGCCUGCGAUUCAUGUCACGGUGGAUACAGACUCUCAGGGGGUGUGUGCGAAUCCCCUUGCAUCACGGGACAAUACCCUGUUUCCGAGAGCGCCACCUUGAGGUGCGAGAGAUGCGAUGCGUCCUGCCUGGCCUGCAGAGGGCCCAGCUCCUACAACUGCACCCUGUGUCCUGCCCUGGACCUCCUGACCACCGAGGGGCGCUGUCUCCCCUGCUGCGGGAAUGAGACGCACAACGAGAUGCCGGAGUGCUGUAACUGCACGGAGACGCGUGGGCAGUGUGUCCUCAGCACCAACUCCGCCCUCCACAACAUGGACGACUCCGCGGGCAGCCCGACGCUCUUCGUCACCGCGUCCAUCCUGCUGCUCCUGGGACUGGGGACCAUAUUCUUCCUCGUCUGGCGGGGGCGCUCCAAGCGUCAGCCCGAGGACGGCGCGCGCGGGUACGAGAAGCUGGGCGGGCCGAGACGCCAGUCCGGCGACGCGGCGGCGAUGACUCGCCACCGGGGGCAGCCGCUGGUGGACCUCGCCGAGAGGGACGACGACGACGACGACGAAGACAUCGUGUACAUGAGCAGGGACGGCACCGUCUACCGCAAGUUCAGAUAUGGCCAGCCGGGGGACCAGGAGGAAGGGGAGCUGGAGCUGAGCACCAGGAAGUAUUCGUUCCCAUAACGACAGCGCCAUCCCGCUCUCCCGAUUUGCUUAUUUUUCCUCUUUAACGACAGCCUGGCGGUGCAGCAGUUGGCUUCUCCAGAGCACUUCGGGAUUCUGCCUUCAGUUUAUUUGCAUGGCUGCUUUGGGUGGUCGGUUGUAGUUUUGUUUGCAGACAGAUAUGGAAAUGCGUGUGAUGUGAUAAUGCCAUCGUCAUUUGCUUAUUCAAAAAAUAAAACAAACUUAAAGGAA